AUGACGAAGAGCUUGAUGUUCCGGUUCGGGAUCUGGAUGUUGGCAGUGAGAGACAUAAUGAGCUUCCGAAAUCGCUUCCUCUUGUUAGACCAUCCCGCAAAGUGGCCCCUGUUCAACGGUCACAGGCCUUGCGGACAUCCGGGGGUCUUUUCAUGCGAAGACUUAACUUCGUCAUUCUACUCCGGGUCCGCGGAUAACCACGCCUGCACGAACCCAUCAGGGGACCGCCUUGUCCUUCCGCUUUGUACAGCAUCAUGCAACACCAAUACACUUGUUGCAGUCGGCGACCAAGAAGGGGGCAUCCGAUUAUUAGACUCCGCAAAAGACGAUAAAUCUGGCUUCUCUAAAGCAUACCUUUCGUUCCAUCCACAUAUGAACGCAAUCAUGGAUCUAGAAUUCUCUUCAGAUGACAUGCUUCUCGCAACAGCUUCGGGUGAUCAAACAGCACUAGUCAUUGAUAUGGCUACCCAGAAACCGAUAUACUGCCUUUCCAACCAUGUUUCCUCCUUGAAACGUGUGCAAUUCCAACCAUCAGCAAACAAUAAGGUUCUUACGACGUGCAGUCGUGACGGGAAUGUGAACAUUUGGGAUCUACGGUGCAAGGGCUUCGAAAAGCCUUGCCUACAAGUUCGAUGCUCGCUUGACUCCGAGUCUGAGCAGACAGCCGCCCCCCAAACCUCGAAGAUGAUUUAUCCUCAAGUUUUGAACACGAUUCACGGGGCACAUGCUUGGAUGCCCCAAACAUCUGCCGCUGAAAAGGCGGAGCACCAGAUUGGACGUUCUGAUAUAACUGUGACCUCCCUGGCCUUCCUGCCUCAAGGCCGCGAAAACCUAUUUGUCACGGCGUCUGAAGCAAACGCUUGUGUCAGACUUUGGGAUUUGCGCACGGCCCAUAGCAAUCGUCGGGGUCGCCCUGUGCUCCCGGUUUCCACUACCAGAGAACCGGAGAGCCACGUGAAAUACAGACGCUUUGGUGUUACUUCGUUGACUCUCGGUGGAGAUGGAUCUCGCCUGUAUACACUCUGCCGAGACGGCACCGUGUACGCGUAUUCCACGUCGCAUCUGAAAUGUUGGCUGUCGGGAGCAGCAGCCAUUGCCCUGUGCUCUUCCCCACGGACGAGCGGUAUCUCCAGACGUCUGUCCAACAACCGACUGUCAAUCUGGACGAUGAAAGUGAUCGAUCGCCGUUCCAUUCGAACCGCUCUGGCCUGCGUCGGACAAAUUCUGGAUUAG